GAAUAAUUAAAAUGGAUUUCGUCAAGCAGAUCACAGAUUACUGUCAACCAACCAGCCCGGUCAUUGCCAUCAUUUCGUUGAUUCUUAACAUCUUUUUCCCAGGAUGUGGAACUAUCUUGAACGGUUUAAUGGGUCCAAAAAUAGAGAUAAUGCAAAUCAUAAUCGGUGUAUUGCAGAUGAUCACAGCGGUUUGCCUCAUUGGGUGGAUUUGGAGUAUCAUUUGGGGAAUUCUCAUCUUCAUGAAGAAGAAAGGAUCCCUCGCAAGCCAGAUGAAGUAGAUAAGGGUAGAUAACCAGGAUAUUUAAUUUGAUAA